AUGCAUAUGAAUGACGACGAUGAAGACGCGGUUCUGUCGAGAGAUUCCGUAGACGAGUCGGCGCCCCUCCUCCCCUCCUCUUCUUCAAGGAUGUCUACUCCCCACGGUCUUGAGACAAAAUCGAAGAGAUCGUCUUCCACGUCUGACCAUGAUCGUGAUCUUGAGGCAGACGCUCAACCAGAGCUCCUCGUCACCCCAGGCCCCGUUGCAGAGGAGCGUCGUUCCGGUGCUGAGCGUAUAGAAGCCCUCUAUCGCGUCUUUGGCAAGGGCGGUCUGUCGAUAUGGGCUUUGUAUGGCAUCCCUGCUUGCUUGAAAAGAAGCUCGCUUUAUGAACUCGAUUAG